AUGCAGCUGGCAUCACAUGGACUCUUUGAUGUGUACGUGAAGGCAACAGGUGACACGCAUAUUGAUGACCAUCACUCAAAUGAGGACAUUGCUUUGGCAAUUGGAACGGCACUACUUGAAGCACUUGGUGAUCGAAAGGGAAUUAACCGUUUUGGGCAUUUUACAGCACCGCUCGAUGAGGCAGCGGUUGAGGUUAUACUGGAUCUGUCUGGUCGCCCUCAUUUAAGCUGUGGCUUAGAUAUUCCUACUCAGAGAGUUGGCACAUAUGAUACACAGGUGAUGUACACUUUCUAG